AUGUCCCAGUCUCCCCCCAUCAUCAGCGAGAGUGUCAGUCCGCGAACCCAUCAAAUAGCCAAGAAAGCCUGUCACAGUUGCCGCCGUGCCCGUCUACGCUGUGACCGAUCAUACCCGGAGUGUACCAAGUGCACCUCGAGAGGCGUCGAGUGUCUUGGCUAUGGUCGACUCUUCCUAUGGACUGGCGCCGUCGCGACACGAGGGAAGCUCGCUGGGCAGAGCUCGAGUGCUUCGGUGUGUCGUCUUCCUAAACAGGAGGAUUUGACCUCUUUCGAUGCAAAGGGCGUCGGGCCUGAGGGCUGGGGCCUGAUAAGAUCUCAUGAUAAUCAAGUCUUCUAUCCCACCUCACAGACCCCGUGGCACACCACAUCGCCAUGGCCCCUCGUUGACCCUCUGUUCCAAGAUAUGUCUCAUUCUAAGAGGUGGUAUCUGAACUAUUUUUCGUCUCGUGUCUGUUUGGAUCUCGUUGCCCAUGACAGGCCUGACAACAACCCAUUUCGCAGUCUUCUCUUGUUGACCAACGCACAUCCGUUCUUACAAGAAGUCAUCGUUGCCGUAUCUGCUGCCCACAUGUGCAACCUGGCAAGGCCGUGGCUAAGCCCUGACUCUUUUGAUAGAAAAGAGCCUCCAAGACAGCUGCUGAUGGAUGCACUCAAGGCCAAGCAACAGGCGCUACAGCUGAUGCCCUCGGCACUAGAGAAUAUCGAUUCCAUCGGAGCCGAUGUUAUUCUCGCUGCUAUCCUGUUCUUUGUCAAUGCUGAACUGGUCGAAUCAGGUUGGCAGAGCUGGCGGCCUCACCUUGAGGGUGCCAAGAAGCUUCUGAACAUGAUGCAGCCCUAUGCAAGCUUUAGCGAAACCCUGAGGGACUAUGUCGUCUCUGAUUUUUAUGUAUAUUGCACCCUCAGCUUGUCCUUUAACCCCACGAUGCCGGGCGUACAGACUGCAUUCUUUGCGCCCACGCAGGUUAAUUCGACACUGUCGAGAGCCACCAACCACUUUUUCUGCUGCCCUGCAGAGGUCCUUGACAUUCUCCGCGAGGCCGCGCAGCUUUUGAACACGGAAGGCGAUAAACAGGUUGCGGAUGAUGUGAUGGUAUCUUCAUUCGCCGCCUUGUUGAAGCGCGCACAGAACGUGGACGUCUUGACAUGGGCACGCGAGGGCGUCUCGCCGUAUGACGAGGCAGAGAUCCAAAGUCGGUUCCUCACUGGCUCUGCGCAUCGACUUGCGACGUGCUUGUACAUCAUCCAGUCGACUCCGUCUUUGACAGAGAGGGUGCCGGACAAGGUGUGCGAGGCGCUCAUUCGAGAUAUUUACGAUACCCUCUCGCCGAUGCCCGACGAUGACCCAAACUUCAAGGCAACGGGAUGGCCCACCUUUAUUUAUGGAACGACGGCAACUACUCCAGAGCUCCGCGCGUGGGUUAUGGACCGACUCAAGAGGCUCGUGGCGGUUUGCCCAUGGGGCUUCCUCUACUCGGCUAUUGACACUCUGCAGAUUCUCUGGGGACUCGACGCAGAGGGCAAGAGAACGACUAACUGGAUACAGCAGCUCAAAGAUUUGAAUGUCGAUUUUCUAAUGGUUUAG